CAUUCCAGGAGAUGUUACCACAGAAAAUCCCAGUACAAAUUCUGAAGGAAAUUUGUUGUCACUAAAUUAUAAAGUAGAAGAUGAAGAUAUACAGCGCUCUUCAGGAGAAAAUAUUAAUGUACAUCCAGGACUUCACAGUACAUAUAAUCUUCCUAAUCAUGAGGAACCUUCUCUUGACCAGAAAGAGGGUGAAAUGUUUCACUGUGGUAAAGAGUUCACAAAAAGAUCAAGUCUUUCUAAAUAUAGAAGAAUUUGCAUCGGGGAGAAGCCAUACUCCUUUUCAGAAAGUGGGGAGUGCUUUACAGAUAAAACACAUCUUGUUAGACAUAAAAAAAGCCACAUAGGAGAGAUGUUUAAGUGUUCAGAAUGUGGGAAAGGUUUUAAAAAAAAAUCAAAUCUUGUUAUACAUGAGAGAAUUCACACAGGAGAGAAACCAUAUUCAUGUUCAGAAUGUGGGAAAUGUUUUAACGAUCAAUCAGCUUUUGUUAGACAUAAGAGAAGUCACACAGGAGAUAAGCCAUAUUCAUGUGUAGAAUGUGGGAAAUGUUUUACAAAUAAAUCAAAUCUAGUUUUACAUGAGAGAAAACACACAGGAGAGAAGCCAUAUUCAUGUUCAGAAUGUGGGAUAUGUUUUAAAGAUCAAUCAGCUUUUGUUAGACAUAAGAGAAUUCACACAGGAGAGAAGCCAUAUUCAUGUGUAGAAUGUGGGAAAUGUUUUACAAAUAAAUCAAAUCUAGUUAUACAUGAGAGAAAUCACACAGGAGAGAAGCCAUAUUCAUGUUCAGAAUGUGGGAUAUGUUUUAAAGAUCAAACAGGUCUUGUUAGACAUAAGAGAAGUCACACAGGAGAGAAGCCAUAUUCGUGUUCAGAAUGUGGGAAAUGUUUUACACAAAAAUCAGAUCUUGUUAGACAUAAGAGAAGUCACACAGGAGAGAAGCCAUAUGCGUGUUCAGAAUGUGGGAAAUGUUUUGCACAAAAAUCAGAUCUUGUUGGGCAUGAGAGAAGUCACACAGGAGAGAAGCCGUUUUCGUGUUCAGAAUGUGGGAAAUGCUUUGCAAAAAAAAUAAAUCUUGUUAAUCAUGAGAGAAGUCACACAGUAAAAAAGCCAUAUUCAUGUUCAGAAUGUGGGAAAGGUUUUACACAAAAAUCUGAUCUUGUUAAGCAUGAGAGAAGUCACACAGGAGAGAAGCCAUAUAUGUGUUCAGAAUGUGGGAAAUGUUUUACACAAAAAACUAGUCUUGUUAAACAUCAGAGAUUUCACACAGGAGAGAAGCCAUAUUUGUGUUCAGAAUGUGGGAAAUGUUUUACAUGGAAAUCAGAACUUGUUAAACAUCAGAGAUUUCACACAGGAGAGAAGCCAUAUUUGUGUUCAGAAUGUGGGAAAUGUUUUACAUGGAAAUCAGAACUUGUUAAACAUCAGAGAUUUCACACAGGAGAGAAGCCAUAUUUGUGUUCAGAAUGUGGGAAAUGUUUUACAUGGAAAUCAGAACUUGUUAAACAUCAGAGAUUUCACACAGGAGAGAAGCCAUAUUCAUGUUCAGAAUGUGGGAAAUGUUUUGCACAAAAAACAGAUCUUGUCACACAUCAGAGAAUUCACACAGGAGAGAAGCCGUAUUUGUGUUCAGAAUGUGGGAAAUGUUUUACACAAAAAUCUAAUCUUGUUAGACAUCAGAGAUGUCACACAGGAAAAAAGCCCUAUUCAUGUUCAGAAUGUGGGAAAUGUUUUGCACAGAAAACAGAUCUUGUCACACAUCAGAGAAGUCACGCAGAAGCAAAUUUCUGAAAUCAGCAGAUUCCAUUUGGGUACAAAUAAAUUCAAACCAAAGUGACAGUGCUCAGA